UUUACUUAUGUCCUCUUUGAUCAUGUGACCCAAGUUUCUCCUCUUUUAAUACGCACCUGUUUCUUGUCUUCCAUAGCCAAAAUAGUCACUGAGAGACAACUUCCAAACUAUGCUUCUCCUUUAAUGACACUUUUUUAUGUAUCUGUUUCUAGUGGGUUUGUUCUCACGUGUUGUUUAAAGUUUAUUAUAACGUAUUUUGGUUCACAAAAUCACGUUUUCUAAAGCAAUUAUACCCAUCAUCCGAUUCAAAUAAUUAAAAUUUGUGAGUUGUGACUGACAACAUUAGUGGUAUAGUUUAUAGUGACAAAUAAUGUCAUCUUAGUUGCAUCUUGCAUCCUUGAAUUUUAGUUUGGUCAAGUGCUUUUGGAGGUUCAUCACAUGACAAUAUCUAACCACACUGAAUCUAUUUUCUAUUGUUAUUCCUCGUAAAAUUUAUUGGGUUCUGUGCUGCUUUUGGCUUCCCCAAUGAAAUUUGACCUUAAGUUUGUGUGUUACCCCACUCCUUUGAAGUCUCUCUCCUCCUUAAUAUAAGAUAUUCCUACUAGACCCUACUUUGGUUGAGACGUGUGGAAGGUUAGUUUAGUUGUUUUACAAGUGUGGUUUUCUUUCAACUCAGAUUUGCUUGUGACUGAGAUCAAGACUUUGAAAUGGGGAAACUAGGGAGGGUGUUGGACACGUUCUGUCUUUCUUUUGGUUCAAACACUUGUUUCUGCAUGAACUCAAAGGAGUUUGAAGAUGAGUUUGAGACAAAGCCCUUGAUUGUAAGUGCCACUGAUCAUAAACUAAGAUUGAAGGACGUUGUAGAUGGAAAGCAGACAUUGGCUUUCCAAUUGAAACCUCAGAUAGUGACAUUGAGGGUGUCCAUGCAUUGCCAUGGCUGUGCAAAAAAAGUUGAGAAACAUAUCUCAAAGUUGGAAGGAGUGAGCUCAUAUAAGGUGGAUUUGGAAACAAAAAUAGUAGUGGUUAUGGGCGAUAUUCUUCCCUCUGAAGUGUUGCAGAGUGUGUCUAAGGUGAAAAAUGCUGAGCUUUGGAAUUAUCAAGCUUGUAAGGAGUAAAUUUUUAUCCAUCUUCAACAGAUUCAGCAAAGACAGAUGUUGGAAUAUAAUUAAGGAGCUCUUAUUUUCACUGUCUUUUUUUGUAUUGUACAGAGUGUAGAAUGUUAAUAGUAAUACCCUUUGCCAAGCUCCAUAAAUUUUCAUGCAAGAAAGAAAAGUUAAAAAACAUGCCUCUAUCUAUGAGGGUUCAGAUGUAAGGCAUCACAAUUGGUGAUUAAAUUUUUCUUUUCUGUUUUGACCAAGAUGCAGCACACAUAUAUAUAUAUGUCAUAUUUCUUUGCAUUUUCUGUUAAAUUGUAGCAAUAUUUUUCUCCUUGAA